UUAGAAUCACGUAUACAGGGUGUAUAAUUAUUUAUGUGUGGUAAUGUUCAUUCCAAAGAAUCCUUUAUGGGCGUGAAUUGUUAACAUAGAAUAUAUUUUAUUCUACAGUUUAACCCUUCCGCGUAAUUAAGUUAAUUAUAAUGUGUACGUUUUACCUUGAGGUGAUUCAUUUUCGUAACUGAGCUGCGCGAACAUAAUUGAAACUGUGCCAUGUUAUAUUAUUAGCUAAAUAACCUAUCGAAUAUGUAAUAUUCGCUAAUUGUUUUUACCAAAAUUUUCUCGCAUACUUUAUUAGUUACAAACAAAAGCUGACUACGCAGUUCGUGUAUUAAAAAUAUGAGAAUGUAAACUGUAAACGUUGUUGCAAUUUGAGAUGUGGCGGGAGUAACGACGACAAGUGAGAAAUAAAUAUAGUAAAAACCUUGACAUCAGCUGUAUUCAGUACCUAACCUUUCCUUCUAAAUUCUCAAGUGGUCUUUUGCUAGCUCAUUUCAUUAUACGAAAUUCUCGGUUACAAUGGCUUCUAAGCAACUUUUUCAGUGUAAUUUUUAAACUCACAAUGUUAUUUCGUGACAAGUCCAAGGGGUAGAAUAAAAAUUACUGCGUUAGCGAACGAUAGUUCAUCAAAAUGUUUCAACUCUGUCGAAAUGUGAAAAUUAAAUACCAAUUCUUGGAAUCAGCAAACGUUCUACUUUUCAAAAUUGAUAGUUCAACAUCGUCUAGCAAUUCUACAACUAAUAAUGAGAGCUUUGUGUUAAAGCUAUUGUCGACGAGGGGAGUACCGAGCACGAGUACGGAUCUCAAGGAAGCUUUGUGCGAAAAAAUACCCCUCCAUCAUGAUCUCCUGAGGAAUUUUCAGCAACUCCAUGGAUUGGAUGUGGUUAGUCAAGUCACCGUCAAUGAUAUCUAUCGCGGACUCAGCGGCGUAGAUGUUUUAAUUCGGGAAACAUCGGAGGUCAAUACGAAAAGCCAACUCGUAACGGAGAUAAACCGAGUGUGCGCUGAAAGUAAAAAACCGCAACUUCAGAUAAAAUACAGAGGAUUAUCCAUACCGGAGCUCUUCGACCUUCUGCCCCGUAAGGGCAAGUCGCCCAGCCCCGAGGCCGUCUUCUGGCUCCUGCUGACCGGUGACGUCCCCACCAUCCAGCAAGCGGAGUCACUGAUGGCCGACUGGACCGAGCGCCGUGACAGACGCAAGGAUUGGUGGUGGUCCGGGUCGCCCGGCAAGUCAGGGGGCGUAGUCGGCAACGUCCUCCGGGCGCUGCCGCAAAACGUCUCCCCCGUCGCGAGGUUGGCAAUCGCACUCACAGCCCUCGACGCCGACAAGCAUUACAAAGAGGCCCUGAAGACCGGAGCCUUGAGUUACACUUACUGGGAGCACAUUUACGAGGACAGUAUGGAACUAUUGGCAUCGUUGCCCGCCAUCGUUGCCCUUGUGAGUGCUUGCGAGAUGCAACCAACGCCCUUAUCACUGCAAAAGUCCGAUUGGGUCGAAUUCUUUCUCGACUGUCUGCACAAUACCGCCAACAACUUCACCGAGGCUCAGCAGCAGAGUCUUGGAGAUUUUCUAAGGCUCUACAUCACCGUGAACGCGGACGAUGACGGAGGAAUACCAGGAGCACACGUGGCACAGAUUAUGGGAUCCUGCCAAUUCGAUGCAAGUCGAGCUUUAGCCGCAGGUGUACUUGCAUAUGCCAAUGAACCCACAAGUGGUACACUCUAUCAAUACAUGAACUUCCUGAUACAGUUACAAAAUGCUGUUGGGCGAGAACCAAAACAUGAUAUUUUGCGAAACUUUGUCAAUACUCUUAUUGAGAAACGAUAUCAAAUAGCUGGUCAUAAAAUUUCACAAUUCGAAGACUCGCGGUACAAGGUUUUGCAAAACUUUGUGAAAAAUUAUGUACCUAAUAAUUCAGAAAUAAAGUUAUCCCAAGAAAUAUCUGACAUUUACACUAAACAAUUGAAGCAAGCAAGAAACCACUCGGUAGUCGCUGAGCAAAAUGCAAUCGCGGCACCUUUAUUUCAAUUUUACGGUUUGCGAGACAUGGAUUAUAACCAGCUUCUGCUAUGCAUGUCACGGGCUCUCGGCAUUGUGGCUUCAAUGAUAUGGACAACAGCUUUAAACGCACCGGUUGAGCGACCGAGAUCGAAAUGUACCUACACGUAUUUCAACGACUUUAGGCAUAACCCUUCGAAACCCCGCUCCAGGUCUACGAAAAUUACAAGAACACCGGGAAAUAAAAAUGCAAAGUGAUAUUGACGAUUGAAAAAUUACAAUACGACUAGAACUAUAUGGUUAUGUGAAAGUAAAUCUGUGGUCGAACAUAAAUGAUGAGCUAUAUGGUAUUAUAUUAUUUAGAUAGA